GUGUUUGCUUAGGCAUGAAAUUUUGCUGAUGAAACAAUAAGUAACAAUUUUCAAUAGUGAAGUAACCUCAGUAGCAUCGGUCCGUGUUUUGCCGGUUCGCUUGGAAAGAAAUAUACUCAACUAAAAGCCAAAACAGACAUCAUCAUCAUGAGCGAUUUCCAAACGUGGUACCACCAGGUGCCACCUUUUACGAGGAUUUGGCUCACCGCGACUGUCGGCAUUUCGCUGCUGGCCAAAAUCGGUAUCCUACCGGUGGCCUAUCUCAUUCUGCAGCAAGCACCGCUUUUCUACCAACUACAGCUCUGGAGGCCCGUGACGUCGGUUCUGUUCUAUCCACUGAAUCCAGGGACCGGUUUUCAUUUCAUGAUGAACUGCUACUUCCUGUACAACUACUCGCUCCGGCUAGAGUCCGAUCAUUACAAGCAGAAACCGGGCGACUACUUCUACAUGCUGUUCUUCAACUGGUUCCUUUGCGUAAUCAUUGGCCUUGUGAUUGAUCUCCCAAUCCUGAUGGACCCGAUGGUCCUUUCGGUGCUGUACGUUUGGUGUAAGCUGAACAAGGAUGUGAUCGUUAACUUCUGGUUCGGAACCCGGUUUAAGGCCAUGUACCUUCCGUGGGUGCUGCUCGGCAUGAACAUGAUCCUUUCGUCGGGAAGCAUAUUUUCGCUGCUGGGCAUUAUUGUCGGACACGCGUACUAUUUCCUCAAGUUUAUCUACCCGAUGGAGCUCGGAGGACCGAAUCUGAUCGAAACUCCGUUCUUCAUCAAACGCUACUUCCCGGACGUGCAGGGAGGUACGCACGGGUUCGGUGUACCACCGGUUGGGCAACGUCCGGUACAGCAGGCACAGCAGCAAGGCUUCCGGCAUGCCUGGGGCCGUGGGCAUACACUCGGUCGCGAUUAGGCCUCUUGAGCGAAGAGUGGCGCUUUUUGGUUGUAAAUAUACGUACUUCGCAGUGCGACGAUAACACCGAGGAAAAGAGUCAACGCAUCACCGACCACAACCCAAAAUCGUCGUCCUUAACCAGCCGCCGUGGUGCGUGGGGGAGUUUUAUGAGCGUGUUUGUUGCAAUGGUCAGUUUACAGUACCAGACCGGUCUAAAUGGAAAAACUUGUUCAGUGGAUGCUGGGAAA